AUGCUGGUAAUGGCUUGGUGUUUGAUCAUGUCAACACUGAUGUUGUGGCCUUUCCUAGUGUUAUUCGCAACCAAUCUGACCUUUGGAAGGUUUGCAUUUCCUCUGCCUUGGAUGUUGGCCAUCUUAUCUCCUGGUUUCCUAGUGUUGUUCCUUUUAGCAUUGGGUGGUGGUCUUGGUGUACUUAUGGGACUGUUUUUUGGAGCUUUGGAAAAUCCGAUAAUGUCAGAGGAGAUGACAGCAAGGCAACAAAUAGUCUACCAGGCAAAACAGAUGGGUAGGAAAAGUAUGAGCCAUGCUAAGACCUUUGCAGUGAUGGGCUUGAUUUUCUCUGCAGCUGAAUGCGUCGUAGAGAAGGCUCGGGCAAAGCAUGACAUUACCAAUUCGGCAGUAGCUGGCUGUGUCACAGGAGGGGCUUUAGCCGCAAAAGGUGGCCCUCAAGCUACAUGUAUCGGGUGCGUGGGUUUUGGUGCCUUCUCUGUGGCGAUUGAGAAGUUCAUGGAACGGCAUACUUGA